AUGACUACAGAAACAUCUUCCAGAGGAGACAGAGGAGUGAUCAGUGCCAGAAGAACAGAAUCACACGAUGUGUCUGAUAUUAUUGGCCUCUUCAGCAAUACUACAGAUGACCUUUUUGGAAGAAUUGAUGUUGUGCACCUGUUAGAAAGAGCAAGCCUGGCUUUGACUCUCUGCAAUGAGAAGAAUGUGGCUAUAGCCCAUGCUGUCUUUCUGGACUAUCCAAAUUGGAACAUCACUGAUCAGUCUGAUUGGGAAUCAUUCCUACGUGAAAACUACAUUAGCAGUAGCUGCACUCCUCUUAACACGUUGUUCAUGCAUCUGUGUGUGGCAAAAGAAGAAUAUGCAGCUGAAUGUCCCCAAGAAAUUGUUAGGAGAGCUUUUAUCACAGUACCAGAACUGCAGUUUAUACUUCUCUUCAUACCAGCUGAAAUGAAUUUAGAGCCAGACAUGGAAAAUGUCUUUGAAAAGAUGGCAACUGCUCCAGAUUCAGUAGUGGAUAAUGACUUCACCUUGUUUGUGUGCCCCAGACAUCGGCAGUACCCACAGCUGUAUGUCCGCAAAGCAAGGCUGGAAGAUCAUGAUGACAUCAGGGCACUCUGGACACAUCAGAAUGAGACCCUGAAAGAAACCUGUAGUGAAUAUUCCCUUGCUGACCUCAUAGAAAGUCAGGAUGAAGACAAUCAGGCUGCUGUUGGUGAGGCUGGUGGCACUGCAGUAGGAUUCAUGAGCUUGUGUUCACAAGUGAAUGUUUCCUUGUUGCAAGAGUGUUUUGACUUGGGGCCUUUCCAUGGACUCUGUAAACCACAUCCUGAAGAUAUUCUCAAAGUGCCACAGGACCCAAGCCUUCAAGAAGGUGAAGAUAAAAGUAACCAAACAAGUCAAGAGACAGAGUCUGUUCCAUCUCCAAACGUUGAACAUGUUCCUGAUGAGGAUGCAGCUGUGCCGAGCAGUGGAGCCGUUACCGUCCCCCACGCUGAGCUGCUCCCAGGUGAUGCCAAGGAUUUCAAAGGCUCAGCAACACUCCUUGAGGCUGAAGAAAAAGGUUCUUUUCGCCCCUUGUACAGAGGAGCUUCCAAUGCUUUCUGUAUCCGCCUGUUUUGGAUCGAUGAGAAGUAUGAAACCAGAUCGCUGGAUUUCCUGCAGUAUGUUUUCAAGCUUUUCCCAGACAAAGACUUCUGUGUCAUCCUCGUGCCACAUCAUGUACCAGAGUUCCCCCUGCUCCAGAGUUUUGUCCGAGCUGUUCCAUUCUGCACUUCCAGAUUUGGCCAGGAGCUUUACGUGUUCCACCGUGCAGGGCUGCUCACGUCAUUUAAUGUAAGAAGCGCAACAAACAAUGACCUGCCUGGUGUCCAGGUGCUCACUGAAACCCUGAGCUUGAAUAAAAGGAUACUGAAUGACUUCAGCACAUUUACUCUGCUUCGCAGGGAUCCCGAUGGGACUGCAGUGAAGGCUUUUGUAGCAGAAGUUCUGGAUCAAAUAGUUGGUGUUUCUGUCAUUAGAGAUGAAAUGCAUAUUGAGUACAUUCGAUCACACUACAACAUUGAAGCCUUUAUUAAUUUCAAUCGCCACCAGCAAGAGGAACACGGACAUCUUUGCCACUUUGUCUUAAAUCCCAUAUUUCAUCACUAUACAAAAUAUUUUCUAAAGGAGAUACUUCGCUUGGCCCACAAAUCUUCUCUUUACUAUCCUAUUUAUCCACAGUAUGUGAAAGGCAAGAUCGCUGCCUUUCAGUUUCAGACUCCCUGUGCCCAUUCCCUGACAUCUGCCCUUCAUUACAUGGCUCCCGUGCGACCAAGACGACAGAUUGUCUAUCCUCUGGAAGAGCUUGGCAUAAACGCUCCAUCAGAGCAGGUCUCCAAGGAUCAGCUGAGUUAUUCUCUGAACCACACAAAUCGAAAGCUGGUGCUGGAAUCCAAAGUGUCUGUCAACACCAGGAUUGUGGUGGUCGGUGCGUCCGACGUUGGAAUCUCUUUUCUGGAAACACUCGUUUUUUGGCCACGGCUGCAGUUCAACAACCUGACCUUGAUUUCAACUCACGGCCUUCCAGGAAAAGACCCACCAGGCUCCAGACAUAGAGGAUUUUUAAUUAACAGCCACUGCUUUAAUGAUGAAGAUCAUGCAAAGAUGUCACUUCGUUCCUGGGUUAACGUUGUGGUUGGCAAAAUGACCAGCAUAAACCGCGCUGCCAAGUACGUGGUGGUUUCCAAGGAGGAGAAAGUGCCAUAUGAUUACCUUGUUCUGUGUGCAGGGCAGCAGUACCAGGUCCCGGCUCCCACUGGAGCAGAUAUCCACAAACUCCCAACUAACAGAGAUGUCCUGAGUGAGUGGCCACAGAGAUACACAGGGAAGGUCCCUUCCAACCAUUUUACUCUCAAUGACAGUCAGGACUGUGCAAAGGCAGCGCGGUGGCUGAUGGAGCAUGUUGUCAACGCGGAAGGGAACGUCAUUGUCUAUGGAAACACAAUGGACAUUUACACCACGGUAGAGGCCCUCUUGUCCCUCGGGAUUGCUGGUGCCCGCAUACACCUGGUGCAGCCUCCACUCCGCUCCAACGUGACGUGCCUCAACAACAACGAGCUCGAAGGUGCCGUGGGGCAGGCACUGGGGGAGGCUGGUGUGUCAGUGCACCGGGACUGUGUCCUGGCACAGUGGGGCACAGGUGAUGACCCAGACCUCAUCACCUCUGCUUCCUUCACCACCAGCACAAAACCCUUCCAGCUGCAGUGCUCGGCAUUUUUUAGCUUUGCCUACAGGACGGUGGAUUAUGAAACCUUUAAGGCAAUUAAUGAUGCAUGUCUGGUUUUUGAUGGGAGACUUGUGAUCGAUACUAAAUUCUGCACUAAUGAUGUGAGCAUCAGGGCUGCAGGUCCCUUAACAAAGUACUCCAGGAGAUAUUAUGCAGAUGAGAGGACACACAGUCACUUCAGUUCAAAAGAGAUUGGCUCUGAGCUCGCUGUAUCAAUGCUGAGGCUCCUGGAUCUAACCCCUCAGCCCUCUUCUGUGGCGCCAGAAGGCACAGACAGCCUCAUUCCCACAUACAAAGGAUGCAAAAUUAAAGGAGGUGUCCUUCCUGGAGGCUAUCACUACUUGCAUAUUGCCAAACCAGGAAUCCCCGUCCGCCUGGACUUGGAGCUUUGUCUGAGUGAUCAUGGGAUGGAAAUCAUCACUGGAAAGGCAAGAGAAGGGAAUUACUUCAGGAUGCAUAUCAACAAAUACAGCAUGGUCGAUGGCAUCACCUGCUUUUCAAAGGAACCCUUUCCUGCCUCCAACUACAUCUGCCUGUAUGGCCAGCAUGAGCGUCUGCUCAACGACCUCUGCUAUCGCUGGAAUCAAGGGCAGAUUACAGACCUUUACAGGUUCUUCAGGGAGCCUUGGUCCAUGGCCAUCUAUCACGAUCAGUUUAUUGACCUCAAGGAGGAACUGCGCCAAGCCCUCCUAUCAGAGCAGGUGCCCCAGCCGCUGCCGGAGGACGCCGCGGAGCAGAGCCCCUGCCCGGAGCCGCUGCUGCGGCCUGUCCUGCGCUUCCUGCGCCGCCACCGACACCGCCUGCCCAUGUACUACCCGGCCAUGGCCCUGCGGAGAGCAGCUGAGGAGGCAGCGACCGGCCCGGGGGGCGCCGACCCCCCGGCUCCGUAA